AUGCUCGAGAAUCCGACCUACACGCCCAUCCCAUUCAUCGCUGGACUUGCGCCUGCUAUCUACAUGCUGGUAUUUGGGGGUGUGAAUGCCACGCAGACCCAGAGAGUCUGGAUCGAGUCUUUCUUCCGGGACCGAUUGCCGACUCAUCUGGGCUGGACCAAAUCGCCUGUGGAGCUCACACAGUCUGAUCUCUUCGCCAUGUCUUCGACGAUUGCAGCUGUACCGGCUGCUACCGCAAAGCCUUGA